AUGCCACCGUUUGAGGGGGGCGGAGGCAAAAAACCCAAACAAAAACGGAAACCGACUACAGCGUCCGGGGUCGCAUUUUCACAAGCAGUGGAGCUAGAACAACUAUCGACUUGCAGGGAGGCAACAACAAUCCAUCUGGACCACCACAUCCCAGACCGAUCUCGCUUUGACAACUUUGACCAAGAUCACUCCAAUCCAUACGACCACCAUUUCACUGAUUACACCGGAAAUGACACCAAUUUCACCAAUUCAGACAACACUACUCACUCAGACACACGUAUUCAGCAGCUAACUGAUUACUUUCGGAGCGAGCAUUACAAGAGGAAAAAACUACUUGAAGAGAAGAACUGGGCGGAGGUGUAUGAUGCAAUGUUUUCAUCUUUCAAACAAUGUGCAGUAAAAACCGCUGACUGGGGUGACGAAGAAAAAUGGAGACACGACUGGAAGGAGCCUUGUCUCUGUCAGGAUAAGCGCUUUCGGCCCCUUGUCUUGGUUGACAUUAUGAGCCGAAGAGAAACCGAGGUUGAAUUCUGUAGCUGCCAGGGAGACCAGGUCCGCCUCAUACAAAUGGGUUACAUCGGAACAUCCCCAAAGUAUCCCAGAACCGCUUUCUCUAUCCGACUCCUUUGUUUCCAUGACAUAAUCUGGAAAAACUGUGCUGUGUCAAUAACCCCAUUUUCCAAGGCAAUAGAUGAGUUUCUGGAUUCCAAUAAUCCCUUAGUUCUUGUAUCUCAGACUGCAUCGGAAUCAGGACCAUUAUACACUGUGCGUGAAUGGAGGAAAACCCUCUCAGCUUCAGUGGAUGCGUAUAGGGAGAUGUUGAGACGAGAAAAAGUCGUAUCUGAAGAGCUUAUGGAAAUGGGACCCAUGGAUAAGUUGGCGGAAAUAUGCCCGAAGUGCUUUGGGCCUCCUGUCACUGGAAAAAAACCUGAAGAGCCGGAUUACAUUGUCUGUAUGGACGGGAACUUUCAACAUCGACGACACCUGGCUGCAAGCCAUGAGCUAUCGGAAUUUUCAAACCAGACCAGCCUGUUCAUAUCUCCUGAGGAAGUCGAGGAUAUGGAAACAUGUAUGAACAUACAAAUAAAUGAAGCUGAAGAGCACCCCGACCUGGUGAGUAUGGUAACCUGCAAGUCUUCAGGAUCGCUGUACAGAGCAACAUACUGCUGCCAACGAUUCACGAGGGUCGACCACAUGGAAAGCUUGUGA